AAAAUAAGCCCAACGGAGACGAUUCAUAGUCGGGUCUCUCUCGAUUAGGGUUGGGGUUUCUCUCAUCCCCCUAUGAGGGAGAAAGACCCAUGAGCGCGCUCUCGAUCGCUCCGUCCAUGGCCGGCGCGGCCGCGCCGUCUGCGGACCCUGACUACCCCGCCGCCGCGUGGUACGGCAACAUCCAGUACCUCCUCAACAUCUCCGCCGCCGGCGCCGCCUCCUGCCUCCUCCUUUUCAUCCUCGUCAAGCUCCGGUCCGACCACCGCCGCUUCCCCGGCCCAUCCGCCCUUGCCGCUAAGCUCCUCGCCGUCUACCACGCCACCCCCGCCCAGAUCGCCCUACACUGCGGCGCUGACGCCGCCCAGUUCCUCCUCAUCGAGCGCGCUAGCUUCUUCGUCCUCCUCGCCGUCGCCCUCCUCGCCCUCAUCGCUGCCCUGCCCCUCAAUCUCUGUGCCGGCUCCGUCCUCCUCGCGGAUCCCUUCGCCCGCACCACCAUCUCCCACCUCCGCCCUGGCUCCCCACUCAUCUGGCUCCACCUCCUCCUCGUUGCCCUCGUCGUCGCCGUCGCCCAUCUCGGCAUAACUCGGAUGGAAGACGACCUCCGGAUUACCCGAUUCCGCGACGGCAACGGCAAUCCCAGUGACCCCAAUUCGAGCUCCAUCUCCAUCUUCACCAUCAUGGUGCAGGGCAUCCCCAAAGCCCUAGCCGCCGACAAGGCCCCGCUCGAGGAGUACCUUCAGCAUCGAUAUCCUGGAAAGGUCUACCGCGUUGUCGUGCCCUUUGAUCUAUGCACCCUGGAGUACCUCGCCUCGAAGUGGACCAAGGUCCAGAACGACAUCUCUUGGCUCGAAGCUCGCCUGAACGCCCGAUCCCUAUCGAACGAUGGUGACGAAGGCAUCCAGAUUGAUGAGCAUCUGUGGUUGAGGAAGGCCAAAGAAUUCUGGGCGAUGGUCGCUGCGAAAUUGGGCUUCACCGAGGAAGAAAGGCUGAGAAAGCUGCAGAAUUUGAGGUUGGUACUGCAAAGCAAACUUUUGGACUACCAGGAUGGACGGGCGCCUGGCGCCGGAAUUGCAUUCGUGGUCUUUAAAGACGUUUACACUGCCAACAAGGCCGUGAGGGAUUUCAGGUCGGAGAGGAAGAAGAGGCCCAUCGGGCAGUUCUUCCCUCUGAUGGAGCUCCAGCUCGAGCGGAGCCGGUGGAGGGUUGAGAGGGCCCCGCCGGCCGAAGACAUCUACUGGAACCACUUGGGCUUGAGCAAGCUUUCAUUGAGAUUGCGGAAGAUCGCUGUGAACACUUGCCUCCUCCUGAUGCUUCUGUUUUGCAGUUCACCUCUUGCAAUCAUCAGCGCAAUGAAGAGUGCUGCAAGGAUAAUUAAUGCAGAGGCCGUCGAUCAUGCUCAGUCAUGGUUAACUUGGCUUGAGGGCUCGAGCUGGUUCGGGGCUCUCGUUCUCCAGUUCUUGCCUAAUGUCCUCAUAUUCGUGAGCAUGUACAUAAUCAUCCCGUCUGCACUGUCCUAUCUUUCCAAGUUCGAGUGUCAUCUCACUGUUUCUGGGGAGCAGAGAGCUGCAUUGCUAAAGAUGGUUUGCUUCUUCUUGGUGAAUCUCAUUCUCUUGCGUGCAAUGGUGGAGUCAUCACUUGAGAGUGCGAUACUUCGAAUGGGGAGGUGUUACAUGGAUGGGGAAGAUUGCAAACAAAUCGAACAGUAUAUGAGUGCUUCAUUCCUGUCAAGGUCCUGUCUCUCCACCCUUGCGUUUCUCAUCACGAGCACCUUUCUUGGGAUAUCCUUUGAUUUGUUGGCUCCAAUGCCUUGGAUAAAGAACAUUCUGAAGAAAUUCCGGAAGAAUGACAUGCUUCAACUAGUUCCGGAACAAAAUGUGGACUACUCAGUAGAGCAGAACAAUGAAGAAAGCAAUUUGCGGAUGCCUCUCGUUUCUGAUAGAGUUGAUAGUUUGGAUUUGAAUGGUGCCGAAGUACAAGAUCUUUCAGUGUAUCCUAUAGACAGGAGCUUCCACACCCCAAAGCAGACAUUUGACUUUGCACAGUACUAUGCUUUUAAUCUCACAAUUUUUGCGCUCACCAUGAUCUAUUCCUUGUUUGCUCCGCUCGUGGUUCCUGUAGGUGCCAUCUACUUUGGCUACCGAUACAUAGUGGACAAGUAUAACUUCUUGUUUGUGUACAGAGUUCAGGGAUUCCCAGCUGGUAACGACGGGAAACUGAUGGACAGGGUCUUAUGCAUUAUGCAUUUUUGUGUAGUCUUGUUUCUUCUGUCCAUGUUGUUUUUCUUCUCAAUCCGUGGUGACUCCACAAAGCUGCAGGCCAUCUUUACUCUAGGAUUGGUGUUGUUCUACAAAAUGCUCCCCUCGAGAACCGAUAGUUUUCAGCCAUCUUUGUUGGAAGGAAUUCAGACCGCCGGUAGCUUUGUGGAUGGACCAACUGACUAUGAGGUUUUCUCCAACAUUGACAUCGAUUGGGAUAUCUAUCAAUGAUCAUAAGUUUGAGUUCCAUACUACUUUGUGCUGUCAAUGCUGCUUUGCAACAGGCCUUGGAUAAUGUAUAGAUGCUUGUGUUGUGUGGUUCAUCCUAAUAUCAUUGCGUGUGUCAUGAGCUUCCUUUUAUUUAUUUGUUUUAUAGAAUCCAUGUGUAUUUUUUUU